CUUUGUUUUCAGGGAGGAAAUUAAAUAGAAAAAAAGAAAAGGAAAAAAUUAAAAGAAAGGAGGCAGGUUUGACAGUUUUGAAUUGCUACCCCUUUGCCAGCCAGUAUUAAUUGAUUAAAUUCAGUGUUGGGAAAGGCAAAGAGGGUAGUGAUUAAAUAUAUACUGUAGAAGACAUUAUGGAUGAUGUGUGGAGUUCAUUCUGUGGGUGUUCGAACAGUGGUGACAAACAUUGUGGUCCAGAUUUGGUUUUCAUUGCUAAUCCAUCUUCGUGUAUGAACCAUGUCUCCAUCAUUUGUUUCGAUGUAGUGCUCCUCAUAAUGUUAUUACUCAACAUGUUUUACAAACCACCAACGAAAUCUACUGGAAGAUCACCCUGGAAAUCAAGUUUACACUUGGUUUCUGCAAUCUUCAAUGGUUUACUCGGCACUCUGUACUUGUGUUUGGGCAUUUUGACAUUGAAGACAACCAUAAACGCAAAUCACACCGCUUUUCCUUUUCAUCAAUGGCUACUGCUCUUGUGUCAUGGAUUGACAUGGUCAGCAAUCUCACUAGCAGUGAGCCUAUGGGGAUGUUGUUUUUCAAAAAGACCCUUUCGGCUUCUGUCGAUAGUUGCCUUUCUUUUUGCUGGAAUCGUUGGCAUCUUAUCUCUUCUAUCUUUGAUUGAUAGCAGAAAGGUGUCAAUCAAGACAGGUUUGGAUGUAGCAUGUUUCCUAGGAGCAGGAUUAUUAUUGUCAUGCACUUAUAAGGGCUAUAACUAUGAAGAAACUGAUGACAAAGACCUUUAUGCUCCCUUAAAUAGUGAGACUAAUGGCAUCAAAGUAGCUGGUAAUGACAAUCUUACCCCUCUUGCCAAAGCAGGUUUUCUCAAUGUAAUGUCCUUUUGGUGGUUGAAUCCGCUAAUGAAAACGGGUAGUCAGAAAACCCUUGAAGAAAAAGAUAUGCCCAGGUUGCGCAUUGAAGAUGGAGCAGAAUCAUGUUAUUUACGUUUCUUGGAGCAGUUCAAUAACCAUAAGGAUUCUCAUCCAUCGAUCUUGAGGACAAUCGUGAUGUGCAAUAUAAAAGAGCUUCUAAUAUCUGGAUUCUUUGCACUGAUGAAAAUUAUCACAGUAUCUGCCGGCCCUCUAUUUCUUAAAGCUUUUAUAAGAGUUGCUGAAGGUUAUGAAAGCUUUAAUGGUGAAGGUUUUGUGUUAGCUAUAGCACUUUUUUUCAUCAAAAUAUUAGAGUCGUUAUCACAACGACAAUGGGACUUUAGAUGCAGACUUAUUGGUAUAAGGGUUAGAUCAUUGCUUACAGCUGCAAUUUAUAAAAAACAAUUGAAUUUGUCUAAUGCUGCCAAGAUUACCCAUUCGGCUGGUGAGAUCAUGAACUACGCAACUGUGGAUGCUUAUAGGAUCGGGGAGUUUCCUAAUUGGCUCCAUCAAAGCUGGACAACCACUCUCCAGCUUAUCUUUGCACUUGCAAUUCUUUUUCAGGCUGUAGGUUUGGCUACAUUUGCAUCUUUAACAGUCAUAAUCUUUACAGUUAUCUGCAAUGCACCACUCGCUAAAUUACAGCACCAGUUCCAGUCGAAGCUAAUGGUUGCACAGGAUGAACGCCUUAAAGCAAUCUCAGAAGCUCUUGUGAAUAUGAAAGUUUUGAAACUUUACGCAUGGGAGAUUCAUUUUAAGGGUGUGAUUGAAAAGUUAAGGGCAGUCGAGCAUAAAUGGUUAUCGGCUGUUCAGCUUCGUAGAGCUUAUAAUAGCUUUCUUUUUUGGUCGUCUCCACUUCUGGUCUCAACUGCUACGUUUGGGGCUUGUUACUUCAUUGGGAUUCCGUUGAAUGCUAGUAAUGUUUUCACAUUUGUGGCUACUUUACGUUUGGUUCAGGAUCCUAUUAGAACUAUCCCUGAUGUUAUUGGGAAUACUAUUCAAGCAAAAGUAGCAUUUUCAAGAAUCUUGAAUUUUCUAGAGGCACCGGAGCUCGAGAGUGCUCAUGUUAGGCAGAAGGUGAAUAACGAGGGUUUUCAUUAUAACAUUUUGAUCGAUUCAGCAAGUCUUUCUUGGGAAGGGAAUCUAGUGAAGCCCACACUUCAAAAGAUUAAUUUACAGGUUCGAUUGGGUGAAAAAAUUGCUAUAUGUGGAGAGGUGGGUUCAGGCAAGUCCACACUUUUAGCUGGAAUUCUUGGAGAGGUUCCGAUCAUCGAGGGAUCUCUUCAAGUAUAUGGGAGCAUUGCAUAUGUUUCUCAGUCAGCUUGGAUUCAAACAGGUAGCAUACGGGAUAAUAUUUUGUUCGGGUCUGCAAUGGAUAGUCAGAGAUACCAAGAAACGCUUGAGAAGUGUUCUUUGGUGAAGGAUCUUGAGUUGCUAACGUACGGUGAUCUCACUGAGAUAGGGGAAAGAGGUGUUAACCUCAGUGGUGGACAGAAGCAAAGGAUUCAACUCGCUCGUGCUUUAUACCAGGAUGCAGAUAUCUAUCUUUUGGAUGAUCCCUUUAGUGCUGUGGAUGCACAUACUGCUUCAAGCUUAUUUAAUGAAUUUGUUAUGGAAGCGCUUUGCAGGAAGACAGUUUUGCUUGUCACUCACCAAGUUGAUUUCCUUCCGACAUUUGAUUCUGUUCUGUUAAUGUCGGAUGGGGAAAUUCUAGCAGCUGCACCUUACAAUCAACUAAUGUCAUCAAGCCAGGAGUUUCAAAACUUGGUAAAUGCACACAAAGAAACUGCAGGUUCCGAAAGGCUUGCAGAAGUUACCUCUUCCACAAACAAAAUACCUUCAAUAAAAGACAUUAAAAAUAGCCGCACAACCAAUUUAUCUGAAAACCUGGAAAACAACCAGUUGAUCAAAAAAGAAGAAAGGGAAGAAGGUGACACGGGUUUGAGACCCUACAUACAAUAUUUAAGUCAGAAUAAAGGUUAUGUGUUCUUCUCCGUAGCUGUACUCUCACAAGUGACCUUCGUGGCAUGUAAUGUAUGUCAAAAUUCAUGGAUGGCUGCAAAUGUGGACAAUCCCGAUGUCAGUACUUUGAAACUGAUUGUGGUUUACUUAGUUAUCGGUGUUAUAGCAAUUGGGUUCUUGCUCCUCAGAUCACUCUUCACAGUUGCAUUGGGAUUACAAUCUUCAAAGUCGAUAUUUUCACAGCUACUAAUCUCUCUUUUUCGUGCACCAAUGUCGUUUUACGAUUCAACCCCUUUGGGUAGGGUAUUAAGCAGGGUGUCGGUUGAUUUGAGUAUUAUUGAUCUUGAUAUUCCAUUUAACCUGAUAUUUGCUCUUGCUGCUACAACAAAUUUCUUUUCAAAUAUGGGGGUGCUAAUCUUUGUCACCUGGCAAGUCUUGUUUGUCUCGGUACCACUGGUUUAUGUGGCACUUCGCUUACAGAGGUAUUACUUCUCGUCUGCAAAAAUGCUGAUGCGGAUCAAUGGGACAACCAAAUCUUUGGUGGCAAACCAUCUUGCAGAAUCAGUGGCAGGAGCCAUGACAAUCAGAGCUUUUAAACAAGAAGAUCGAUUCUUUGCUAAGAAUUUUGAUGUAGUAGAUAUUAAUGUUAGUCCGUAUUUGCACAGUUUUGCUGCAAACAAUUGGUUGAUCCAACGGCUUGAAACAAUCAGUGCCACCGUUUUAUCAGCUUCAGGGCUCUGCUUGGUUUUGCUUCCUCCUGGAACUUUCAGUUCUGGUUUUAUUGGAAUGGCGAUAUCUUAUGGGCUUUCUUUAAACAUGUCACUUGUUAUGUCGAUUCAAAACCAGUGCACAUUGGUAAACAAUAUCAUCUCAGUCGAAAGAGUCAACCAGUACAUGCAUUUACCUAGUGAGGCUCCUAUAGUUAUAGAAGAGAAUCGUCCACCUGCUAACUGGCCGAGCAGGGGUAAAGUCGAUAUUCAGGAUUUGCAGAUUAGGUACCGACCUGAUGCACCUCUAGUUCUUCGAGGGGUUACAUGUACAUUUCAAGGAGGGCACAAGAUUGGUAUUGUUGGGAGGACGGGUAGUGGAAAGACUACACUCAUUGGUGCAUUAUUUCGUCUAGUGGAACCCACUGGUGGGAAAAUUCUUGUUGAUGAGAUUAAUAUUUCUACAGUUGGACUUCAUGAUUUAAGGUCACGUUUCGGGGUUAUACCUCAAGAUCCUACUCUUUUUAAUGGAUCAGUUAGAUACAAUUUGGAUCCCCUAUGUCAACAUACAGAUCAGGAAAUAUGGGAGGUUCUAGGCAAGUGUCAACUCAGAGAGGCCGUUCAGGAUAAAAUAGGAGGGCUGGAUUCCAUAGUAGUUGAAGAUGGAACAAAUUGGAGCAUGGGGCAGCGCCAGUUGUUUUGCUUGGGGCGUGCAUUGUUGAGGCGAAGCAAGAUUUUGGUACUAGAUGAGGCAACUGCAUCAAUUGACAAUGCCACAGACACAAUGUUACAAGAAACCAUCAGAUCCGAGUUUGCUGAUUGCACUGUAAUCACAGUGGCUCACCGGAUACCAACCGUGAUGGAUUGCACCAUGGUUCUAACUAUGAGUGACGGAAAAAUCGCAGAGUAUGAUGAACCGAUGAAGCUGAUGAGAAGAGAUGAUUCUUUGUUUGGACAGCUUGUGAAGGAAUAUUGGUCACAUUCUCAAUCUACCGACAUUCUUUGAAUUGAAGAUCAGAUGGCUGUCCACCAUGCAUUUGACUACGUAUAAUCUUAUCAUACGAAAAAUAAGGCUUUAGAGAGAUGUACAGGUAAGGUACGUGUGUGUUCUGUUAACAGCCAUCCUUUUGUGGGCCGGGAUCAGCAAUAUAGAUCAUACUCGUGUUCCCAGGUCAAUUAUUCUUUUCCUUGGGAAAAGUCAAAAAAAUGUACAUAGCGAAAUUCAUGUUACUAUUCCAAACAUGGCAUUUUUUGAUGUAUCAAUAGUAGCUUACUUAAUAACA